UUAUAGAGUCAAAGACGCUACAAGGAGACAAGGGAGAGCACAGUUUUAAUGCUCCUGGAACAUUUGUCGUAGAAAAUACAACUGUUGAAUUUCAGAAGAGUACAGACAGGGAAAUCAUAAAGAUACAGGGACCUCUUGGAGCAGAUUUCAUUAUUAAGACCAGGUACUCUGGAUCAAAAGAGAGCGUGGUUCAGUUCUUUUUCUAUCAACCUAUCAGUCAUCAAUGGAGGCAAACAGAGUUCUUCCCCUGCACAGUGACGUGUGGAGGAGGCUAUCAGCUUAAUUCUGCUGAAUGUGUGGAUAUUCGUCUGAAGCGUGUUGUUCCUGACCACUAUUGUCAUUACUAUCCAGAAAAUAAGAAACCAAAGCCCAAGCUAAAAGAAUGCAACAUGGAUCCCUGCCCUUCUAGUGAUGGAUUUAAAGAAAUCAUGCCCUAUGAUCACUUCCAGCCACUUCCUCGUUGGGAACAUAACCCUUGGACUGCAUGUUCGGUUUCCUGUGGAGGUGGUAUUCAGAGGAGAAGUUUUGUGUGUGUAGAGGAGACCAUUCAUGGAGAGAUACUGCAAGUGGAAGAAUGGAAAUGCAUGUAUGCCCCUAAGCCCAAAGUCAUUCAAACCUGCAAUCUGUUUGAUUGUCCUAAAUGGGUGGCAAUGGAAUGGUCUCAAUGCACAGUGACCUGUGGCCGAGGCUUGCGUUACCGCGUCGUGCUGUGUAUUGACCACCGUGGGCAACAUGUCGGUGGCUGUAAUCCACAACUUAAACUGCACAUAAAAGAAGAGUGCAUCGUGCCAAUACCAUGUUACAAGCCAAAAGAAAAAAAUCCUGUGGAAGCAAAAUUGCCGUGGUUUAAACAGGCACAUGAAAUGGAAGAGACCAGAACAGUCUCAGAAGAGCCAACGUUUAUUCCUGAACCCUGGUCUCCAUGCAGUGCUACAUGUGGCAAUGGCAUACAGGUGCGAGAUGUGAAGUGCCGAAUUCUUCUUGCAUUUACUCAGACUGAGGUUGAACUGCCUGAGGAGGAAUGUGAAGAUGUGAAGCCACCAACAGAACGAGUCUGUCACCAGGCAUCCUGUGACAGUGAUCCUGUCCCCUACACACCAGAAUUUUCACAUGCUGAAGAUGGCAGUGUGAUUUAUGACUGGGAGUACAUUGGUUUUACCCCUUGUUCAGCCACAUGUCUUGGAGGAACACAAGAAGCUAUUGCAAUGUGUCUGCAUGUAGAGACAAAACAAGCAGUCAAUGAAAGCCUGUGUGACAAUUCUAAGAGACCACCACCGAUGACUCGUACUUGCAAUACAAAGCUUUGCCCUCCGAGUUGGCAAAGCGGCCCCUGGAGACGCUGCUCAGCUACGUGUGGGGUUGGGAUACAGACGAGGGACGUGUACUGCCAGCAGCCGGGAGGACCUGCUGUUGCUGCUGAAGACUGCAAAGACAAAAAACCUCAUUCUUUACAAGCCUGUAACCAGAUUGAUUGUCCCCCUGUUUGGCAUGUUGAGGAAUGGCAACAGUGUUCACGUACUUGUGGAGGAGGGAUUCAGACCCGCAAAGUGUACUGUAAGCAGCUGUUGACAGAUGGAAGUUUCCUGAAGCACUCUGAUGACACCUGCCAGGAACCUAAACUGCCAACUAGUAAACCAUGUGCAAAAGUUGAUUGUCCUCCUCAGCUAGUCGUAGGAGAAUGGUCCAAGUGCUCAGUAAGCUGCGGUGUUGGAAUCCAGCGAAGGAAACUUGCCUGCCAAAACCUAACAGCAAAGGGCCAAUAUGUCACAUUAAAUGGAUCAAUGUGUAGUGGUCUGUCUCCUUCACUGCUUGUAAGGUCUUGUCAGAUGAAUGCCUGCAACAGUGAGUAUUACGGUGUAGGUUUGGAGAGGGGUGCUGAAAAGAAAGGAGAAUUUUUAGUUUUGAGCCGUUUGGAGUGCGGCACCCCUUGCAGCUCGGGUCUGCCCGCCUGUUCCCCGCCUGAUCCCCGCCUGUUCCCCGGCUACGCAACAGGAGGGCAGGGGAAGGCGUGGGACGUGUCCGUACCCGUAGUGCCAGCUUGGGCUGCAGAAGCAGCCCGGGCGGCGGCAGGCUUUGGAUUCACAGGAACGUGCAGGAGGCAGCUACUCCUCCAGCCACGGGUCCAGGCUGCCUUGGAUGGGGAGCGAGUACAAGGCAGGAACGUAGCACGGCCCUCGGUCGGGCAGACGGCUAGCUGCGAGGAGUGA